GAAAAACAUUUGUUCGGUGGUCGUGGUGAAUGCGAAAUCGUUUUUGCUCCGCGGAGGCGCCAUGGCUGACAUAGAGAGAAACUCUCCCUAUCGCUUUCACUUUGUCAAGAAGCAGGCAGCUGCUCUCCCCUUGUGCGUGCGAGCCUUCGACCAUUUGGGUUGGAAGUGUUCACCUGCCCAGUCCUUAUGUUUAGAUGGGCCUGCUGGCAGCGUUUGCAAGUAUUGGGCACAAAAGGUCUGCAGUGUUGCGGAGGAGCAUGUGCGAAGUGCCUUCGGCCGCUUUGAGGAGCUUGUCUCGAUGACAUGGUCGACUGGAAGUGUUCCGUUGCUCCUAGCCCUUGCUGGUUCAGAUUCCGAAGACCAUGAUGCCACGAUGCAUCUUGUGGAGGCUUUGCUCCACGAGAAGCUUCCAACGGUUUCAACCGCCUUGAUUCAUCCUGCAGAUUUACGAAACCUUUCACAUGCCAACCGAAUGAUCAUGGAGAAACUCAGCAGGGAAAAAUUGCCAGCAAAUGAGUCCGUUGAUGAGGAUGAGGAUGAAACCAUGGAGGAUUUGGCAUCAUUCAGCUUGCCGAAAAGAGAAGAUGGCCGGGGUGGCAUUGGCUUAACCGUUCUUUUGUUCCAAGGGGUUGAUGCAGCUCCAAAGGAUGUUCUUCGACAUGUCCUUUCCUUCUGGCAUGCGAGUUGCACAGAGAAUGGAAUGCCACUUCUCAUUGUCUUUGGGUUGAAGCAAUUGCCGCCCAACCGCCAAUCUCUCUUUGAUUUGGAAGAGGAUGAACAACUUCCCUUCAUCCAUGUGGAUACUGUGCAGCUCUUUGACUCCGCCCAAGUCUGUGAUAAGAUCAUUGAUGGUCUCAUUGAGGACUGUUCGUGUCCGCUGAGCAUGUGCCCCCAGAUCUUGAAGCGCUUGAGGGAGAUCUACCGCUUUCAGCAGCAGAGCGUCUCCCACGUUUUGCGAGCGCUUCUCUUGCUGUUCGAUGAAGCCUUAUCCCAUAGCAAGAUCGCCAGGCUGUGCGAGCCCUUGGGGCGGCCGGGGCAGGCCCUGGGCGAGUUCCACGCGCGUGUGGAGGCGAUUGCAAGUGGUGGUGUGCCACAGCAGCUUCAAAAGCUGUGGCAUGGAGAGGUCGCCCCAACGGCAGGCGUGGCAGAGGCCGCUGCCAAGGCCAUGACGUGGCGAUGGAAGUUGGUGUCGUCCUUGCCGCUCUUCGAGGUGCUGAUGGUCGGCGCUUGGAGCACGGUCAAGUACCAAGUGAAGCUGUCCAAGAUCUACCACUUGUUGGAGGCGAUUUGGCCAGUGCCGGCAAGUGAAGAGGAAAAGCAGCGUGAAAUGCUGCACCGUGUCUUCUCCCAUCUACAGGAGACGCUGCAUUGCGUGCCCGUGGAGCAGCUUCAGAGGUUACUGCUUGAGCUUGUUCCUGUGGCAUCCUGCUUGCCAGCGGCUCUUCGAGACGAGCUUCAAGGCCUUGUGAAGCAGGCAGAAGGAUUUGGCGAGAGUCAUGCACGAGCCAAGAAAGGGACGGAUUUGCUACUGGCCCUGGACCAAUUGCGGGGUGCAUUUCGUCAGUGGGUUGACCACGUGCGUGCAGAAUUCUGGCGGCCUUUGGAUGGAGCAGCCCGAGAUCUCUUCUUGGCACCUGGAAGUCUGAAUUGCCACAAGAACUGCUUGACAGCUGUGGAGAAGCGCCUGACGAGCAAGUUCGAGGGCAAGCUGCAAUACCUGGCGGCAGAAGGGCUGGGCAUGGAGGAAUCCAUUCAGGAUGCCGGCCAACCCCUUGCAGAUGCUGCGCUGGUCUUCCAGCUGUUGGAGUCUUCUUCCGGGAGGCAGAUCAAAGUGGCUGAGCUUUGGUUGAGCUUUGCUCAGCUGGUGAGCCCCUUCAAUGCAGCUGAAGUGACCGCCCUGAAGACACGAAACCCUGCAGAGAAGGAGAAGGAGAAGGAUCUUCAGGGGCUGAAGCAUCGCUUCCAACGAGCCCUAAUGACGCUACACCAUCUGGGGUUGUUUGCCCCAGCUGCAGGGGGUGCGCAAAAGGGACUAAGUGGCUGGCGGCUGCGGAAGCGAGUGUUUGGAAGGGUGUGGCUGCGGGACAAUCGUCCGGGAUGUAAGGAGGAGGAGAGAGCUCCGAAGCUGCCUGAUCCGGCGACACCACCCAAGGCAUCACCAGCGCCCAAGGAGGAACUGGCGACGCCUUCUCCUCCAACAAGGACGACUGGUAAAUACGAAGCUUUGAGCCAUAGUUUUCGAGGGAGAAGCCCACGAGUGAGCCUUUGGCACCUGGAAACAAGUUCCUCAAAAGGCUUCCAUUUGGACGGCGCUAUGACUCGCCGAGCCGAAACGAAGAGAUGCGGCGUGAGAAGAAGCGACGAUCUGAACGUGUUUACUAUGGGUAGAAAGGAUAGGUACAUCCCUCACCUGCCAAACGUUCCGUUCUUCUACAGGCUAAUCUUUUGACAGGGCAGGCAUACGAGAUGUUGUUUUUUGUGGGGUUAGAUGGCUAACGACAGGGAGUCUAGCCAUCUGGGAAGCAUUGCGCACUCGGUGAGUGCAGCGCAAUGCAGCUGCGCGGCAACGCGCGUUGUGUGGGAAAAAGCAGGGACCGACCGGGUGGAGGGGCUUGAGGUGUGCGAGGCACUGAGAUUUGGGACAUGGAACGAUGGAUUUACUGUAGUCAAAGCUACAUAGACUCCUA